UCUUCUUUUAAUCACUUCUACUUUUCCCUUCUCCAAAACAUGAGAGCCAUUGCAAAAUUCGCCGCUCUUCCUUUCUUCUCGGGUUGUGCUUCUCGCUCUAGUGUCGCUACGAGCACCUCGAUUUCCAUGGCUCAAAUACGAGACCUUAAAGGAGGUUCAGAAGUAAACCCAAGUGUAGCAAGAAGAGAAGAAAGUGAAAAUAGAACUUCUGAAGUGAAAAUGAAAAACCCUUCUGGUUUCUUAUUUGUUCUGCCUAACAUAUCAAAUGGAGUUCAUAAGUUGGUUAGAAGCCUCAAAACUUUCUCCCAAUUAUUUGUUUUGAGAAAAGAUGAAGAUCAAAUAGAUGAAGUGGAAAUGGAGAUUGGAUAUCCAACAGAUGUGAAGCAUGUGACACACAUUGGAUUGGAUGGCUCUACAACUACAAACCCUAUUAUUAUUAACCCUAAUAAUUGGGAUAAUAAUAAUAAUAAUAAUCUCAAUAACUUUGUUCCUUCUGAGUUUCUUAAUUCUUUUCCUUCCAUUUCUUUAAGGCAAUUUGAACUUUCAAUGGCUGCUCAAGCACAAGCUUCUCUUGUACAUACAACAUGAUUUUAUUAUUCUUUUUCAUUUUCCUUUGUUAUUCUUCCUUUUGUUUUUCCCCCCUUCAAAGCUUAUACUUUGAUGAUUUUAAGGAUCCUCUUCUCCUUAUUAAACAAUGGUGACAAGGAGAAAAAAAAAAUGAUGUUUGUAUCAUAUGUA